AUGAUUGACCAAACUAAGAGCUAUACCAUCAAACCGAGGGUCUUGUACCUUGGGGUUCCCAAGCAUCAGUCUAGCAGGAUCCGCGAUCAAUAUUCUGAAUUGUUCGAUAUCGAUAUUCUUGAUGUGUCCACCAGAGCAGAGGCACUCGAGGACAUCCCCAGGAUCGUGGCCUCCCGUGGCCCGUAUCAGUGCUUAGUCUGCCGGCUUGGGCCUCAGCCGUUUGAGCCAUUUGACUCUCAACUUCUGGGUCCUCUCCUGCCAGAUCUUCGCAUCGUGGUGUCGGCGCAGAGUGGCUUUGACGACUUUCACGUGGACUGGAUGACGAGGCAAGGCAUCUGGUUCUGUAACACCCGACAUGCCAUGGUCGAGUCCACCGCAGAAAUGGCUCUUUUUCUCAUCAUGGCGGUGAGCCGCAACACGAGUCGUGCCGAACAGAGUCUGCGUUCAGGAAUGUGGCGAGGCCGGCUGCCGCUCUCUCGGGAUUUGAGAUCGACCACUCUGGGUAUCGUAGGAAUGGGCAGCAUUGGCGCAUGUCUAGCACGCAAAGCCGUGGCCCUGGGCAUGCAGGUCAGAUAUCACAACAGAAGUGGUAAAGCGGCGGGUAACAAAGCCCCAGCCGGUUCGGUAUGUUGUGCGACUCUAGACGAGCUCCUGCAGACUUCGGACAUUAUCUCGCUUCAUUGCCCGCUAACUCCCGGGACUCGGCAUUUGAUGAGCGACAAACAGUUUCAGAUGAUGAAGGAUGGCUCGUAUCUUAUCAACACUGCCCGAGGCGGUGUCGUGGAUAGCCAGGCACUGAUUCGGGCUUUGGAGAAAGGCAAGCUUGCCGGGGCAGGACUCGACGUGUUCGAGAAUGAGCCGACAGGCAUCGACCCGUAUUUUCUGGAGAGCGACAAGGUGGUGCCUAUUCCGCACAUGGGAGGACUGACGGAAGGUUCAUUCGAAAUCGCCGAGCAGGAGUGCUUGACGAACUUGCAAGAAAUUCAACAAUUGUUUCCAUCUGCCGAGAUUGCAUCCACGGAAUUUGAUCGGGUACAUUAUUUUGGGGGUGGAUAUUGGCCGAUAGUCAACUGA